GGUGCUGCUAUUAAGUACUAAACACUAAAGUGCAUAUAUGCUAUAGGUAUCAUCAGAAAGAGGAGACUUCUGUCUUUCCGCUAAUACAUACUAUAUAGCACUUUGCUUAAUAGAUAGACAAUCAGUUAUGGUGGAUUUGUAUGAAUUACUUAAAAUUCCGAAACAUUACCACACUUUUGUGAGUCGCUGUAGCUCAAUUUUUGCCCUUGCAUCAUCCAAAGCUCGCUUUUGUUACCAUCAGAGUUUUUUUUCUUGUCCUUUUUUAUUGAUUUAUCUAGCUAGUAUGAACACUCAAUUAACAUAUGGUCAAGCCUAUUGUCUGGUUUUUGGCUUUCCCCCAACUAAAGAAAAUCAUGAAAAAACAAAGCAAUACUUUGACACAAGUCUUCUAGAUGUGUGUUAUAUAGAUUCACUUGGACCAAGGCGUCCCAUUGCAACGGUUCGAGGUCUUAUUUCUCGUGAUCCUUUCACAUACCAUUCAUAUUCUUAUGCUCCCCCUUUAAGCCCAUCAAAGUACUUUGUUAAAGAAUCAAAAUCAUGACCAUGAAUUACGCAAUGGAUGAGGGCAGAUGGUUCGUUUGGUAGAGUAGAAAGAAUACGCGUAUCAGGAGCUCAAGCACGUGGUCGUUGGCUUUGGAGACUUAAAAAAUGCUAUCAUAUGCCUAUUAACUUCUACAAAGAAUAAAAAAGACAUGUAGAAGAAGAGGCAGAUGUAGUAACAAUCGGGUAUGCUCGAAAGUCCUAUGGAAAUGAAGCCAUAUUAACACAUAUUCGCCUACUAUAGCUUCAAGUUGACAAGUUGCGUGAUAGAUGUCUCGCAAGAAAGGUGUUUGCCUCUUCACGUUGCAGUGCUGCAAUGCCUUUAGAAGCUCGUGAUAAGAAGUUGUAAUAUUUCUUUUAAAAUAUCAAAUAAAAAAUAUUAGAAAAUAAAAAAUAAUAAUUAAGACAAAAAGAGUCAACGAGACCGAACAAUAGUUC